AUGAUGUCAAACAAGACCAAUGUUAUCAAUCAAAAAAAUUCUUCUGAAAUUUUUAUAUCAAAUAAAAAACUUCAAGAAAAUUCUUCUAUAAAAAAAAUACAAUUACAUGCCAAUAUUAAUAUUGCUUUUGCAUUAAAUGAUGUUGAAUCAACAUUUCAACAUUCAAAAUCAAUAUCAUUUCGUUUACAUCCUAUUACUUCAACAUUAUCAAAAGAUACCAAUAAUCAAACUUUCAAAUCUGAAAUUUAUUUUAAUCCAAAACUUCAAGAAAAAAUUAGUCAAUUGGAACCAAAACUACAUGUUGAUUUAUCUUAUUGUCAUUUAACUGAUGCUGAUAUGUCAAUUGUUGUUAAUGAAAUUAUUAAUAAUAGAAAAUGUACAGACCUUUGGUUACAUGGAAAUAAAAUAACAUCCCAUGGUGCAUCAAUAUUAGCAUCAAGUUUAAUAAAUAAUUCAAAAUUAAAAAGUCUUGAUUUAUCUUUUAAUCAAAUCUGUGAUAAUGGUGUAUAUUCAUUAAGUCAAGCACUUUUAUCAAAUCAAAAUUCAUCUCUACAAAUUCUUUAUCUUAGUAAAAAUAAUAUUUCAAAUAAAGGACUUAAAUAUUUAUCUGAAAUGCUUAAAACAAAUCAUACAUUAAAAGAAUUAUGGUUAUCAAAUAAUGAAAUUGGUGAUGAAGGUAUUAAAGAAUUAGCUUAUGUAUUAGCUUAUCAUAAUAAAACAUUGAAAGUUUUAUCUAUUUCAAUGAAUAUAUUUAUAACAGAUUCAUCUAUUAAUUAUCUUAUUGAAAUGUUUGAACAUAAUCGAACAUUAAAAAGAAUUUGGAUUAACAACUGUAAUUUAACUGAACAAGGCAAAAUGAAACUUCGUCAAAAAACUGAUCAAAGGAAAAAUUUUAAAAUUGAAAUAUAA